AUGGGCCACCAAGGGCCAUGGCUGCACACGCCUCUCCUCUGGGCUGCCAUGGCCAGCCUGCUCCUCCUCCCUGCCAUGACCCAGCAGCUGAGAGGGGCUGGGCUGGGCCUCAGCAAUUGGAACAACAAUGCAGGAGUCACUGAGCCUUCAAAGGAUGUGUCCGCGGAGCUUGGCCACCACAUCCACAACCAUAGAGAACAUCAAGAUGAGAAUGAGGAUGUCUCCAGAGAGAAUGGGCAUCAUUCCUGGAGCCACAGAGAGCACAGUGAGGAGGAUGAAGAUGUCUCCAGGGAAAAUGGCCACCAAUUCCAAAGCCACAGGUACCAAGGCCACAAGGCUGGAGAUGAGAAUGUCUCUGGUAAGGCCAUCCUGACAGAGCACAGUCAGCAGGCCCAUGGGCACAGAGUUCCUGGGAACAAAGGCAUGGAAGACUCAGAGGAAUCUGGGCACCACCUCCCCAGCCAUAGGAGCCAGGGCCACCAGGACAAAGAGGAGGAUGAAAUUGUCUCCAGUGAGCAUCACCAUCGUAUUCUCAGGCAUGUACACCAAAGCCACAGAGGGGAAGAAGACCAAGGUCAUGAAGAAGAACAAGAUGAUGAUGAUGAAGAUGAUGUCUCUACUGAGUAUGGACACCAGGCUCACAGGCAUCAAGGCCAUUGGAAGGAAGAGAAUGAUGAUAACUCAGAUGGACACCAGCAUCAUGUCCCCAGCCACAGACAUCGAGGUCAUGAAGAAGAAGAGGAAGAAGAAGAAGAAGAAGAAGAAGAAGAAGAAGAAGAAGAUGUCUCCAUUGAGAAUGAGCCCCAGGUCCACCAGCAUCAAGGCCAUGAGAAAGAAGAGGAUGAGGAUGUAUCAGAGGAACACCACCAUCACGUCCCUGGUCAUAAGCACCGAGGCCAUGAAGAAGAUGAUGAUGAUGAUAAUGAUGUCUCCACUGAUUAUGGACACCAGGCCCACAGGCACCGAGACUACAGAGAGGAAGAGGAUGAGGAUGUCUCAGAUGAACACCACCAUCAUGUCCCUGACCACAGGCACCCAGGUCACAGAGAUGAGGAAGAUGAAGAUGAGUAUGUAUCUACUAAACUUUGGCACCAAGCUCCCAGACAUGCCCACCAUGGACUUGGACAUGAGAAGGAGGAGGAAGAGGAGGAGAUAAUUGUCCACUUUGGCCACCAUAUUGUAAGCCACCCACCCCAAAGCCACGAGAGUAAUGAGGAGGAGGAGGACAUCCCAGAUAAGUAUAAAACAAAAGUCCCUGGUCAUCACCACCAUAAAGUCCCCAGAGAGGAAGAUGAAGACAUCUCUGGUGAGCUUAGCGAUAGGCAACAAGGCCACAGAGAUGAAGGUAAUGGCCCUGGUCACAGAGGGUCUAUCAGAGAGAUUAGUUAUCAGCCCCCAGAACACACAGAAGUCAAGGACAGAAGCCAUUUGAGGGAGGAGGAAAAGGAGAAGGAAGAUUACAGAUCCCAAGAGGAAGACAACACAGGUUCAGAGCAAGGAAAGGAUGAGGAGGAUGAGGAGGAAGGUCAUGGCCUCAACCUGAGCCAGGAGGAGGAAGAAGAAGAGGAAGACAAGGAGGAGGAGGAAGAAGAAAGGAGAGAAGAGAAGGUUAAAGUCGGGGCCCCAGUGAGCCAAGACUACAGGGAGGAGGAAGAGGACGAGGAGAAGAGGCUGGAGGAAGAUGAACUCCCCUUCACCAUCAUCCCCAACCCACUGGCUGGAAGGGAGGUGGCUGGAGGUACCUCCAGUGAGGAGGAGAGCAGUGAAGACACAGGUUCACAGGAUGCCCAGGAAUAUGGGAACUACCAGCCAGGGUCCCUGUGUGGCUACUGCUCCUUCUGCAAUAGGUGCACUGAAUGUGAGAGCUGUCACUGUGAUGAGGAGAACAUGGGGGAGCACUGCGACCAGUGCCAGCACUGUCAGUUCUGCUACCUUUGCCCGCUGGUCUGCGAAACUGUCUGCACCCCAGGAAGCUACGUCGACUAUUUCUCCUCGACCCUGUACCAAGCCCUGGCAGAUAUGCUGGAAACGCCGGAACCUUGA